GUGUUUUAGCGAUUUUUGUGUUUGUUCAGAAGCAAUGAUUUGGCUGUAAUGCUUCCUUGCGCUACCACUUUCAGUUUAAUCGAAGAGAGAAUCAUCUUUGUUCUCCUAGAAAAUGUUUUAAUAGCAGCUUUGAUGCAGGUGCUCUUUUAUGGGACUUUUUUCUGGCAAUUACUUAAAAACUGAAGUUCAGCUUUUUCUUCUUUUUUUAAAUUGCAUUUAAACUGUGUACAAAUACUUUGUGUGAGGGUGUUUUUGGUUUAAGCUUCCUCAUGUGUUGUUCCUUCUUGACACAUGGGUCACCUGUACUGCUCAGUGUGUAGCUUCUAAUUGUCUCACCACUUAUCUGUGAGGCUUCUUCAGCUCUAUAUGAAAGGUGGUUUGAAUGUGUUUGGAUGAAGGCCUCCUAGUGAGUAACGUGCCUGUCCUCUCAACUUCAGGCCUACCUGCAACAAGCCCAAGACCUGGUCAUUCUUGAGAGCAUAAUACUCCAGACCUUGGCUUUUGAAAUCACCAUUGAUCAUCCACAUACUCAUGUUGUCAAGUGCACUCAGCUUGUUAGAGUUGUUCCAGCGAGUAAGGAUCUGGCUCAAACCUCCUACUUUAUGGCCACAAACAGUCUCCACUUGACCACGUUCUGCCUGCAGUACAGUCCGCCGGUCGUGGCCUGCGUGUGCAUCCACCUCGCCUGCAAAUGGUCCAACUGGGAGAUCCCCGUGUCUACAGACGGCAAACACUGGUGGGAGUAUGUCGAUCCCACAGUUACCCUUGAGCUGCUGGAUGAGCUCACACACGAGUUCCUGCAGAUUCUUGAGAAAACACCCAGCCGGUUGAAAAGGAUUCGCAACUGGAAGGCUGGAGGCUCAACACCAAAAGCCAAGCCCAAAGUCCAGGAGGAGGGUGACCAGAGGGACACCAUGAUGAGCAUGAUCUCCAUGGCCUCAUCAGAGAGCACCGUGGCGGGCUUGAUGAGUCUCUCGGCUCCCCCUGACGCCUCGUCUUCCUCGUCUGCCGGUGACAAGGACAGGGGGGACGCCGGCAGCGCCGCCACGUGGAGUGGAAAAGGUCAGCCUGCGUCCGAGCUCAACAACGAGGUGCAUGUUCCCGCUAAGGUGUCGCUGAGUGAAUACCGGGCCAAGAAUGCAGACGUCCUCGCCGCCCAAAAGAGGAAGCUGGAGAACAUGGAGGCCAGCGUGAAGAGGGACUAUGCCAACGCUGCUCAGGCUCUCAUCGGACAGCAGCAGAGGAAGGAUAAGCAGCAGCAUCAUCACCAGCAGUCCAGCUCCUCGUCCUCGGACAACCCUUCGCCCAUUAUCCUGAAAAUCCCCCUGGAGAAGGAGAGGCACGAGAGGUCGUCUCUGAAAAUGCGCUUCCCCUUAGCCGGGGGAGGGGGCGGCGCCAAGGGUCAGGAACAGGACAUCAAGGUCAGAAUACGAGUGCCUGAGAAGCAGAGGGGGAGUUCAGGAGAGGAGGGCAAGAGCAGAGACAAACACAGGGACCGCUCGAACCACCACCACCAUCACCACCACCACCAUUCCUCCUCCACCAGUGCCUCUCUCUCCUCCUCACACAAACACUCAUCGAACUCUAGCGGGGCUGUCGGAGGUAGCAAAAAGGUCCCGAGCGACUCCUCGAGAACAAGCUCCUCAUCUUCUUCGGCGUCUCGUAAGAGGACGCAUUCCCAGGAGCCCACAGCGGGCGCUAACCCCGCGUCCAAAGUCAGCAAGUCCACCAGGAACGCUUACCAGAUACCGUCCCUGUCUUCCUCCUCCGGGCAAACUCUGGGGCACAACCCUGACAUUCUCCCCGCCCUGGGCCUCUCCCACCACCAAGGCAGCUUCUCGAAAGGCGACAAAACGGACACGAACGGGCACAGUGCGGCGGGCGGGCCCCAGUCGAACGAGUACCAAGACACUUUUGAAAUGCUAAACUCUCUUCUGAGCGCACAGGGGGUCCAGCCAGCCCAGCCGUCCAUGUUUGACUACAGAACCCAGUUUGGGGAUUACCGGUUCAGCGGGGGCACCCGAGGAAACGGCAGGCCACCACCCCUCCCCUCAGAACCGCCCCCCCAACUGCCUCCGCUCCCCAAAUAACUUCCUGAUCAGGAGGUUUAUUAUGUACAUUGUACUUUGACAUCUUGUUACGUAUGGUAUUUUUUUUUUGUUCAACUCGCCCAGCAUUUUGAAUAGGUUUCAGUGUGACAGCAGUGAAAUGUACUGCCGUGCGUGAUACAUCAUUAUUAUUUUUUUCACUUCACACAGGGGCAAUAAUGAAAGGCUUUUAAAGCUUGCAACAUGUGAGAAAAAAGAUACAGGAAGGUGUAGAUACAAUGCUUUCUGUUUAACUCAAACGAAAUGUGAUGAGGGGACCUGGUAUUUUUUUUAGCAACACUGUCAUUGUCUUGAAAUUAUGGGGGAACUAAAAGAUGUUAGGUCUCUUUACCGAUUGUGUUUUUAUAAUAUUUUAUAGUAUGUUAUUUAUUCAUUUAAUGCUUUUUUAAGAAAAAGAAAAAAACAGUCCCCUUUUCUACCUUUUAUUUUUUUGAAGGUUUCCCGCUUCUUUUUUUAGGCGGAGGGAUAUUCCUUCAUCAAGACUGUACAGGCUAGUUUGAGAGUGCAUGUCUCCAAAGCCAUCUUUUCAAUAUUUUUG